CAUUAUUUAUGUGCGUUUGUUUUUGGCGAACAUAACCCAACUUUAAAUCCUAAAAAUUAAUCAUUUAUUUAGUCAUAAUACUUUACUUUAUAGUGGAUAUAAGUGAAUAAAUAAAACAAAUAACAUAAAAAAUGUCUGAACCAUCAUCAUCAAAAGAUUCAGUGACUAAAUUGCCAAUGGUUUACAUUUGUGGUGAGUGCCAUAACGAAAACGAAAUCCGGCCAAGAGAUCCUAUACGCUGCAGGGAAUGUGGUUAUCGAAUUAUGUACAAGAAACGUACCAAAAGAUUGAUUGUUUUUGAUGCCAGAUGAAGAUGGUACAUCACUCUUCAAUACAUGAGACACUACAUUAUGUAGGCAUAUUUGUAUGUGCUGUAAAAUGUUAAUUAUUAAAAAUCGCAAUAACUGGUAAUAAAAUAAAACUUUUUGAUUCAGUA